ACCUGGUGAAUUGCACUUGAGUAUUUCCUUCUGGAGAAACUAAUGUAAAAUAUUGGAAUACAAGAGUGAAAAGAAAGAGAGCUGGACUAACGAAAAUCAGUGGCCAUGGCCGAGCACGGUGCUCAUCUGACAUCUGCUUACUCGGCUGAAAUUCCGACCAUAUUUGAAGUUCUUGCUCAAGACAGUUUGAUGUCCAUUGUCCGUCCGGCUGUCAAACAUGCAGUCAGGGUGUUGGCAGAGAAUCGGCCCGAAACAUUCAGUUGGUUAUUGCAGUACUUUGAUGAGCUCUAUUGUCUUUUGGACUUUACAGUGCAGAGAUACUAUUUACAGAAAUAUGGUGCCUCGUUUGCAGAAAACUUCUAUGACCUCAAGAGGGUUCCAGCCAAUUCUUCUUCUAGUCGCUUACCAAAGACACGGCAGUGGACAUCUCUCGUUUGUCUGGUAUUGAUUCCAUAUGUGAAAACUAAAGUGGAUCAGAUGUUUGAAGAUCUCCGUCAUAGAUAUGGUCCCAGUGGCAGAAUUAGCUCAGGGCACCACCCUGCCAUCAGGAAGUUUCUUCAGGCAUUCCUGGCUGCCUAUCCCUACGUUCACAUGACGUGGGAGGGGGCGUGUCUCUGGUAUCAGUUGGCCUACAUGUUAGGUCAAGGUCGCUUCCACUCACCGUUCCUGCACUUGUCUGGAACAGAACUGAGGAGACUUGGCGAAGAUGACCUGCCAACCCAGCAGGACAGAAAACACGUCUCAUGGGCAGACGCAAGGCUCGCCCAGCGUAUUGGUAUCAUCACUCGGAAGUCACUGAGUGCUGCGGCUGUUACCGUGUCAACAAGUCUUUCUGUUGGGGUAUUCUUCCUGCAGUUCCUGGAGUGGUGGUAUUCCAGUGAUACUAACGCUCCAUCUCUCACAGCCCUGCCCAUCCCAGAUCCACCCCAGAACGACUACCAAGGUUCAUCUUGCAUCUGUCCUCUUUGUGCCAGAACCCGAACGAACGACACGGCUCUUAGUGUCUCUGGAUAUGUGUUUUGUUACCCAUGUAUCCAUGGUUACAUACAGAAGCAUGGCUGUUGCCCAGUGACUGGCUUCCCUGCUCGGACAGAUCACAUGAUUAAACUGUAUCCUCCAGAUUCAUAGCACAAAUAUAACAGACAGACCCUUGUCAGAUUCCUAGAAUAAACAGAUUAGUGUUAUAUGCUAUAACACAGACUGGUGUCGGAU